GUCGACCGGAGCGUCAUUCUUCUCCGCUGGCUGCACUCUAAACCUGACGCCGUGGACGUAGCUCCAGCAAAUCCGUCCUUCAAAAUUCAUAUUUGGAUUAAAGUUUUGAUAUUUUAAAGCGCAGGGAUUUUAAAUACAUGUAUUAUUAGUGAACAUUUCUAGUCUAUAUUUUUUAAAUUACCUUUACGUUUUACCAAAAUGAUCAAAAACGGUCACCACGCAUCGAAUGUGCCGGUUAGAGACACCGGGUCAAAGCCGAGGGACUCCGCUUGCAGCCCCGAGAAGAGGAAGCGCUGUGUCCGGGUGUGGUGUGACGGAUGUUAUGACAUGGUGCACUACGGCCACUCCAACCAGCUGAGACAGGCCAAGGCCAUGGGGGACUUCCUCAUAGUGGGAAUACACACAGACGCUGAGAUCUCGAAGCACAAGGGGCCACCAGUGUUCACGCAGGCGGAGCGUUAUAAGAUGGUGCGGGCCAUCAAGUGGGUGGAUGACAUCGUGGAGGGGGCUCCCUACGUCACCACCCUGGACACCCUGGACCAGCACAGCUGUGACUUCUGUGUCCACGGAGAUGACAUCACGCUGACGGUGGAUGGGAAGGACACGUAUGCGGAGGUGAAGCGGGAGGGCCGCUACCGCGAGUGCAAACGCACGCAGGGCGUGUCCACCACUGACCUGGUGGGACGCAUGCUGCUGAUGACCAAGGCUCACCACAGCAACAUCGAUAACUCAGACUACCAGCAGCACACAGACAACUUUGGAAAGGGUCCUAAAGGCCACAGUCCCUGGACGGGGGUGUCCCAGUUCCUGCAGACGUCCCAGAAGAUCAUCCAGUUUGCGUCAGGGAAGGAGCCCCAGCCUGGAGACACCAUCAUCUACGUGGCCGGAGCCUUCGACCUCUUCCACAUUGGUCAUGUGGACUUCCUGGAGACGGUGUUCAAACAGGCAGAGAAGCCCUAUGUCAUCGUGGGCCUCCACUUUGACCAGGAAGUGAACCGCUACAAAGGGAAGAACUACCCAAUCAUGAACGUCCACGAGAGGACCCUGAGUGUCCUGGCCUGCAGGUAUGUGUCUGAGGUUGUCAUCGGGGCGCCCUAUGCUGUGGGUAAAGAUCUGCUGGACCACUUCAAGGUGGACCUGGUGUGUCAUGGCAAGACGGAGGUGUCCCCUGAUAAGGAUGGGACUGACCCCUACGCUGAGCCUAAGAAGAGGGGUGUAUUCCGGACAGUGGACAGUGUUAACGACCUGACCACUGAUGACAUCGUCCAGAGAAUCAUCGAGAACAGGCUCCAGUUUGAGGCCAGGAACCAGAACAAGGAGGCUAAGGAGAUGGCUGUGAUCGAGGCCAUGAGGCUGAGAGAGGAGGGGGUCCAGGGGGGCGACGCCACCCAGGCGGCCCAGUAGAACCAGCCUCCCAGGUUCUACACCCCCUGCCCCCCCAGCACACACUGGUCCUACACCCCAGCCUCCCACACAGAAUCACCCACUGAAUACAUCCGGUUCCUGCCCGCCCAGCUCACCCCAGAACCGGUCCAGUCCAGUUCCUCGGCCGUCCAACCCCCCCCCCCCCCUUUUAAACCCGGGCCCAGACCUUAAACCAGCUCUGUUUAACUGGCCACUCCAAAUAGACAGUUAAUUUAUUUCCCCUUCCACACACAGACACACUGUACUAUGUUGGUGGUGUGGCUCAAAAGGUCUAGGAACCUUCUAGAACACUUUUUUACAGUGUUCCCUGUUCCUUCAUCAGCUGUGGAACAUUACCCUGUAUACGGUCACCAGUCAUUUUGAAUGGACUGAAAGAAUUCAGCAAUGGUUUUAGAGGUGUAAAUGGGCAUUGUGUGUGUGUGUGUAAGAAAGAUGGAUAGAGACAGUGUGUAUGUGUGUGAGCGUGUGUGUGUGGGAGAGAGAGAUCCCCUUAAUUAAGUUUAUUUGGAAUGUGACCAAUGAUGUGUGUUUGAGAGAGUGUGUGUGUGUGAGAGAGAGACUGUGUGUGUGUGUGAGAGACAGUGUGUUAGUGAGGCAGAGGGAUGAAAGAAAGAUGACACAUAAUAAAGUGUGUUUGUUUGUCCACAUUCUGGCAGCAGCGUGUAUGAGAUGAAUGAUAGUCGUUCUUCUCUUCAGAGUACUUUGUUUUAACGGCUGGCUUUACUUUAGUCAAAUGACAACUACCACCGCGGCAAUAAAACUGUUCUAACAGUACUGAGCAAACUA